AUGGAUAUUGAGUCAAUAAUGCAAGCAAACAAGGCUGGGUUUUUUGCUCAAUGGGGAAACAGCCUCAAGGCUUUGCCUAGGAACUCCAAGGCCAUGGUUAUCAACUUCACAAGGACCAUAAAGAAGAUUGGACAAGAUGACCCCAGAAGAGUAAUUCACUCAUUAAAAGUGGCAAUUGCUCUCACAUUGGUGUCCUUGUUUUACUACUCGAGGCCUCUUUAUGAUGGAUUCGGAGUUGCGGGAAUGUGGGCUGUUUUGACAGUGGUGGUAGUAUUUGAAUUCACAGUAGGUGCAACCCUGAGCAAAGGUUUAAAUAGAGGAUGUGCUACAUUAUUGGCUGGUGCUUUAGGGGUUGGAGGUCAACACUUGGCUACUGCUUUUGGAGAAAGGGCAGAACCUAUUGUCCUUGGGAUCCUUGUCUUCAUUCUAGCUGCAGGGUCAACAUUUUUCAGAUUUUUUCCAAAGAUCAAAGCAAGAUAUGACUAUGGGGUGGUGGUUUUUAUUUUGACAUUCUGUUUGAUUACCGUCUCGGGGUACAGAGUGGAGCAACUCUUCGAGCUUGCCCAUCAGAGACUUGCAACAAUUUUAAUAGGUGCAACAGCUUGCAUGGUCAUCUCUAUUUUCAUUUGUCCAGUAUGGGCAGGUGAAGAUCUUCACAAGUUGGUAGCUUCCAACAUAGAAAAGCUAGCAAAUUACCUGGAAGGAUUUGAAGCAGAAUAUUUUCAUUGCUCAGAGGAUAAACAAAAACCCGAGAAGUCAGUUCUCGAAGGAUAUAAAAAUGUUCUCAAUUCCAAAGCAAGCGAGGAGUCCUUGGCAAAUUUAGCAAGGUGGGAACCAGGACACGGUGGUUUUCGUCUUCGUCAUCCUUGGAAACAGUACUUGAAGAUUGGAACACUUGCUCGAGAAUGUGCUUACAAGAUUGAGACUCUUAACAAAUAUCUCAACCCGGAAAUCCAAGCAUCUUCGGAAUUCAAGUGUAAAGUUCAGGAGCCAUGCGCGAAGAUGUGUUCAGAAUCUAACAAGGCGUUGAAGGCAAUAUCUUCAUCAAUCAAAACAAUGACAUGCCCAUCAUUUGCUAACAGCCACGUAGAAAAAUCAAAAACUGCAGUUGAAGACCUCAAAAUUGCACUAGAAAUAGUUACGUUGGAAGAUGUAGAACUCUUGGGCAUAGUCCCAGUUGCCACAGUUGCAGCAAUACUAGAAGAAAUCACCAAGACCGUGGAGAAAAUUUAUGAAUCAGUUUCCGAGCUUUCUCAUUUAGCUGAUUUCAAGAGUAUUUUAGAACCCAAUGUGUCACCAGAGAAGCCACCCCUACUUCAUCGGGGUAUCAUAAAACCUGUUGUGGACAUUGAUAACACCGUCAAUCAUGUUGAAAUUACGAUCCAAGAGAUAAAUACAAACUCGCCAGAAAAGGGAAAAAAACACCCUCAAAAUCCCCGAACAAUUAUCCCAUCUUUGUUUGCUGAUAGUAAAAGCAGUGCAUCAUGCAUUUCGGCACAACCGCACAAGAUACUGAAUAUGAUACAGAAUAGCAGAGGUAAGUAUGGGCUAAAUCAGACAUUCCCCUAUGAUCAGAAACUGGAAGAUUCCAGUACCUUAGCACAGGGUGAAGGUUAUCUUGAAACCCAAGUGUUAGUAGUAGACUUGGUCAAUGGGAAUCACAUGCUAUGA